AUGACAAAGGUUCUCCUCACUGGUGGUUCAGGCUUCAUUGCCGCUCACACCCUGGAACAACUCCUUGAAAAGGACUACGCCGUCGUGACAACUGUCCGCUCAGAGGAUAAGGCUCAAAAGAUCCGCAAUGCAUUCCCGGACAAAGCAAAGGCUGGCAAGCUAGAGAUUGUUCUUGUGCCAGAUAUUGCUAAGCCUGAUGCUUUUGAUGAAGUAGCAAAGACACCUGGUCUUGAUGCUGUUAUUCAUGUUGCCAGUCCUUUUCACUACAAUAUUACCGACCCUAAGAAGGAUCUUAUAGACCCAGCCGUCAUCGGCACAACAGGUAUUCUCAAGGCCCUCCACGCCUCGGCCCCAGGCGUGAAGCGGGUCGUCAUAACUUCAUCCUUCGCCUCUAUUCUCGACGAAGCACACUUCACAGACGGCUCCCACGUCUUCUCAGAAAAGACCUGGAACCCAGUCACAAUCGAUGACAUCAGCAGCUCAUUUAUGACCGCCUACCGCGCCUCAAAGACUCUCGCUGAGCGUGCAGCUUGGGACUUUGUCGCUGGGAAGAAGCCCUCUUUCGACAUCGUGACUGUUUGUCCGCCUCUGGUUCUGGGACCUGUAUCAAAGCAUCUUGCUACACUUGAGAGCAUCAACACUUCCAAUGAGAGGAUUGUAAAGCUUCUGAGGGGCGGCUGGAAAGAUGAGAUUCCUCCUUGUACACCUGUUCCAUUAUGGAUCGACGUUCGAGAUGCUGCUCGUGCUCACGUCAGAGGUCUCGAGGAACCUGACGCUGGUGGAAAGCGACUCUUUGCUACAGCUGGAUGGUUCUCGCACCGUGAGAUUAUCGACGCUGUUGCCAAGAACUUUCCAGAGUUUAAGGAUAGACUGCCUGGGCCUGAAGUCAAGGGCGGAGAGCUUCCUCCCAAGGAUCAGAUCUUCAAGAUUGAUACGCAGGAGACGGAGAAAUUGCUCAAGAUUGACUGGAUCAGCAUUGAGAAGAGUGUGACGGAUCUUGUCAAGUCACUGAAGGAAAUUGGUAUUUAG